AUGGCCGACUCCGAGGGCGAAAUCGAAGAUGAUGCACGACUGCUCGAAGGCGAUGAGGCCACACAUGCACAAGAAAGUCCGUCUGGCGAUCGGCACGAGAGUCAAUCCAAUAUGGAGGAGAAGUUCGAGGAGCUAUCGGGCAACAUUAAAGAUGGUUUUUCUUCGCUUGGCGAAUAGUUGACAGAUCUGAUGCAACAAAAAUCACGAGGCAAGCGCUCCCGCCAAAAAUCAAGGUCUUCCUCGCCGGACUCGGCUGACGGCGACCAAACAACCAGCCCUAAACUGGAAAGGCUCGAGGAUGAACAGAACGACGACGUAGCUGUGUUGCUUGCCGAGUCCCAGCCCCAGGGGAAAACUCUGGCAAUGACAAUGAAAAAGAGUUUGGCGCAAUUUUGAACAGUGUUGUCCAAGAGCUGGACGAAGAACAGUUGGGGCCUGAUGUGUCCGAGAAGCUUGUCCAAGUUAUUAAUAAAACUCUGCGCUCAAAAUUGAGCGAGGAAAAACUUAAAGAAAAGCAAAACGCUUACCCUAGACCACAAAAUUGUGAAUCACUAGAAACUACUCGGGUUAAUCCAGAAAUCUGAGCACAACUACAAUCUUCAACCAGAUCUCGGGACAUACGUCUCCAGAAAGUACAAAGCAUCUUGCUGAAAGGGCUACUGCCAUUAGUUCAGCUCCUUGAAAAUUGUCGACAAUCGGAUGAUAGGUCGACUGAUAAAGGAAAAAUCGUCAAGCUGGCACUUGACUCAGUAAGCCUAGUCGCUCAGGCAAAUGUAGAGCUCAAUAGCCGGCGACGAGCAUUGAUUAAGCCUGACUUGAAUGAAAAAUUUCAGCAAAUCUGUGGCGAUCAUGUGCCGAUUGCAACAUUGCUUUUUGGGGAUGAUGCGGCCAAGACACUACAGGACAUUGCUUCCACAAACCGUGUCAGCCAAAAGGUUGCAACACCUACUCGUUGGCCCAGCUAUGCUCACCAAAACAACUUUAAUCGGCAUUCAAAAAAUGGACGGGGGAGGUUCAGGCCCCAAAACAACCUCCCACGUCACAAGGUUGUUCCUGCAUAACAAGUCACAGAAUUCCAAUCAAACUUCAACUUACAGGUAAGUCUCGUUUAAUUUUAGAAUUUAUGUGUAAACAUUUUCAAUUAACAUGCGUUGAAAUCAGAUUUUGUUGCAAGUUAUAGCAUUUUGUUGCUCGAUGUAGGCCAACGUACCAUCAAUUUUUAACAAAAUAGAGCAGGAAAGCUGGGUUUCUGCGCAGUUCAUCAUUCGGUGGUAUAGUUUAUAACAUAUUUUUACGAUCUUAGAAAAUCAAACUACUAAACCGACUUUGAUAGAUAAUAAUGGAAGUAAAAAGGUGACAACAAUAUUUACAGUUUCCACUACACCUACAAGUUCACCAUCUCAAACUAGCUCUCAAGGCAAGUUAUUUUUUUUGUCUAAUUACAUGGUGAUGUACUGUACAUAUUAAUGUGUACAGUUUUUAUGUUGUUGUUUAGCAGUGUAUACGGUGAAGUUAUGUAUAGUGUUUGUGAUCUGAUCUGUUUUGUGUAGUGAAAGAUGUAGGUGGGAGGCUAAUCAUCUUUGCUUGUGGGAAGCAUGACCAUUGUGAGAGGUUCGGGCGGCCCUGAAACUUUUUGAAAACCAGAGUGCCUGGAGAAGACCCACGAAGCACAACAGUUGACAAAGUUGACGAAGUCAACCAACCAACAUUCUUGACCCAUUCUUUUAACGUUAGUCAUGCUGUUCGUGUUGUCGAAAACGUCCCUUGCACUUAAGCUCGCUAAUAACGAUGUAGGCCGACAUACCAUCAAUCUUUAACAAAAUAGAGCAGGAAACUGGGUUUCUUCGUAGUUCAUCAUUCGGUGGUAUAGUUUAAAACAUAUUUUUACGAUUUUAGAAAAUCAACCUACUAAACCGACUUCGAUAAAUAAUAAUGGAAGUAAAAAGGUGACAAGAACAUUUCCAGUUUCCACUAGACCUGCAAGUUCACCAUCUCAAACUACCUCUGAAGGCAAGUGAUGUUUUUGUUUAAUUACACAUAGUAAUGCUUUGUAUAUGAUAAUGUAUACAGUUUUUAUGUUGUUGUUUAGCAGUGCAUACGGGUCGCCCAUCAAGCAAUACCCGGUCCUCAACCUUCAGCAGGAGGCUUAAAUACGUUUUAG